UGUGAUGUGUUGUGUUGCCCCUUAAAAUCCAACUCAUCGCGACAACAUACUAAAUCAAAGUUGAUUGGUUCAUUUCGCUUGUCAGGCAUGGUUGAAACAAUAGGAACAUGUUCUGCGCACGCACUGCAGAAAAAACAUGAAACUGGCGCCAUUUUGGCUCUCUGCACUGUACAUUACUCCAGCGACGGAAACAGGAAUUAAUCACCAACAAUGUUAUGAAUUAUUUCUGAUACAUCCACCUUGUUGACAAGUGUGAAAAAGUAACCAAGCUCAUCUUGUAUUCGUACGAUUCAGUCAAUGAUGCUUACGAAUAAGGUAGGCGUGUAAAAACCGCCUGUGUUAUUAACAUUCGUGGCGAACUCUGAGCUGACCGACAGAGUAGCAGCAGGCGAAAGAUGGAGGGAUGGACUCCGAUUGUUGCUGCUGCUUCAGGCGACGAAGGGUCCAGUUCCGAAGGCGAAUACACUGUGCACACUGGAGAGGCGAAGAAGACGGGAAUAGAGACGGACGAGGGGAUCGUUGAAGAACGAAGAGAAAAUGGAGGGACUGCGGUGAGGUUCGGACUGAGCGGCUUCGCCGGGGACGGGGCCGUGAGGCUGGGAUUGAGCGGACAGGUUGGCGAUCAGGAGCUCCGAUACCUGCACCUGCUGUGGGAUCCGAACCGAUGCGGUGCAGGGCAGGAAAACACAAGUAGUCCGGGGAAGGUGACAGCGAGCAAAGUGCGUCUGAGACGUGAGGGGAGAGCGCGUCGCAACCUGGCGCCCCUCGGCAAGGAUCUGUACGCUGGGAAGAAGCUCCGCGAGGCGGCCAACGGCAAUGACAUCGAUACAGUGCGCCGCCUCCUCCAGGAGGACGUUGAUCCGUGUGUUGCGGAUGACAAGGGACGAACGGCGCUUCACUUCUCCUCCUGCAACGGCAACGAACGCAUCGUCCAGCUGCUUCUAAGUUAUGGCGCAGACCCCAACCAGCGGGAUGGUCUAGGAAACACCCCUCUUCAUUUGGCUGCCUGUACAAACCAUGUGCCUGUCAUCACUACACUACUCAGAGGAGGAGCCCGUGUAGAUGCCCUCGACCGUGCCGGUAGGACUCCACUUCAUCUAGCUCGAUCCAAACUUAACAUCUUGCAGGAGGGAAACUCUCACAAUAUAGACACACUGAGAAGAGAGGUGACACAGAUAAUUCAGAUGCUAAGGGAAUAUCUGAAUGUGGUUGGACAGAGCGAAGAAAGAGAAAGACUUGAGCAUAUUUCAACACAGCUGGCGCACACACGCACCAAGGCACAGGUGGAUGAGGUCACUGACUUGCUGGCCAGUUUCACAUCGCUCAGCCUACAGAUGCAGGGUUUGGGGGACAGGUAGAUCAGGACCCUCGGGAAGGAAGAGGGAGGGAGGGUAGUGGGGAUGGAGGCAUGUAGGUAGGAGUUGGAAGAGGGUGGGGAAAUACGUUAAUGUAUGUAUAUAUUUAAUUUCACGUCUGCCAGUUCUUAUACUGGUUAACAUUUCAGUAAGAAGACUUUGAAGGAGAAAUAUUUAGCUUCUGAAUUUACCUUUGGUGUGUUCUGUCUUGCUUUUUGUAUCUUUGGUCUUUCCUUUUUAGUGUUCAUGUGUUCUGUGUAGAUUUAUUCAGGAAAAAAUAAUAGCCAUUGGUACUGCUGGUGGUAACAACCUGCAUAAAUAGCAUCUAAAACAA